AUGGAUGUUAAGAAUGCUUUUCUCAAUGGCAAUCUUGAUGAAGAAGUUUAUAUGCAUCCCCCACCUGGAUACUCUCAUAAUUCAAAACAAGUUUGUUUACUUCAGCGUGCGUUAUAUGGACUUAAACAAGCGCCUCGUGCAUGGUUUGCGAAAUUCAGCUCCACGAUUGCGCAGUUUGGUUUCACCUCUAGUCCUCAUGAUUCUGCUUUGUUUGUUCGCCAUACUAACAAGAGUGUUGUUUUCUUGUUACUCUAUGUAGAUGAUAUGAUUAUUACAGGUGAUGAUUCCAUGGUUAUUUUUGAUGUCCAACGUUAUCUUAAUCAACACUUUGAAAUGAAGGAUUUGGGACCUCUUAGCUAUUUUCUAGGUCUUGAAGUUUCUUCCACUUCUAAUGGCUACUAUUUAUCUCAAGCUAAAUAUGCUGCUGAUCUACUCUCAGGGCUGACUAAUUUGAACCUUGUUCCUAAGAAAGUCUUUUAUGUGCUAACAUCUAAAAAAAUCCCUAAAACCCUAUUUCUUAAACCAGCAUUUCACAGAACGACGAAUCUCCAAUCUCCUCUCUGUCCCAACUACGACGACGACGCCUCUCGCCCCCCCCUCCCCACCCGCGAAUCUGCGACGAAGCAAGCAGAAGACGACAAAGUCUGCGACGACGCUGCCUCCCUCCCUCUCCUGCGAAUCUGCAAAUCUGGAAACCCUAACACCAUGAGAAGAGCUCUUGUUCUCUGCUCUCGCAAUCUCUCUCGCAACAUUGAAUGCCCUAAUCAGAUCAGCUUUAGGAGGAAUAGUAUACUCAAUACUCCACUUUACAAUCCUCUCACUUCUAAGUUUAGGUUUUUCUCAUCAUCUGAAAAUGAAGGUUCAUCCAUCCCUAACAAGCUUGAACCUGCCCGCCAGCCAGAGGAAACCAGCUCAACUCAACUUAAGAACAGUCAGCUUCCGGUUGAGGUUGAAGAUGUCAACAACAAAGAGCUAAAAGGGUUGCUACUGGACUACUUUGAUGGUGAUAAGAAGGAUGUUCUUCCCAAUAUCGUUGAAGCAAUUAUGAAGAGAAGAUUAAGCGGAAAGCAUGAUGACACAGAUGAUGAGUUAUUGGAGGACUUCCGGAUGAAACGAAUGGAGCCUUUGGAUAGUGUCGAUGAUGAAGAAUUUGAGGAAGGUUUUGAGGAUGCUCACUCAACUGAUGAAGAGAUUGAUAAUUUGUAUGAUGCACCAGAAAUUGUGAAGAAGAGAAUGGCACAUGAUGAGUAUUUCAACAUGGAUGACAAAAAGUGGGAUGAUAUGAUUAGUGAGGCUAUUGCUCAUGGGCAUCUCAAGGAUACCAAGGAGUGUGAAGAAAUCUUAGAGGACAUGCUUCAGUGGGAUAAGCUUCUACCUGAUGAGAUUAAGGAGAAGGUGGCUAAAAGACUUGAUGAGAUAUCUGACAUGGUUGAAAAAGGUGAGCUUGAAGCUGAAGAAGGUUAUGCAUUGUUCAAGGAAUUUGAGGAUCAAAUGGUUCUGGAAUGUGGUAAACUCAUGGAGAAGGAACCUUUGGAAUUUGAUGAGUCUACCGUUGCUGAUAAUAAAAAGGAUGUGGAUGACCCACCUGGUGAGGGGCCAAUCCUUAGGUGGCAAACUAGGGUAGUUUUUGCUCCAGGUGGUGAUGCAUGGCACCCAAAAAAUAGAAAGGUGAAAUUGGCUGUUACAGUCAAAGAACUUGGCCUAUCUAAACAUCAAUUUCGCCGUUUGAGAGAAUUGGUUGGAAAACGUUACCAUCCUGGGAGAGAUGAACUUACCAUCACAAGUGAAAGGUUUGAGGAUCGUGAGGAGAAUAGAAAGGAUUGCCUUAGGACUCUAUUAUCUUUGAUUGAGGAGGCUGGAAAAGCAAAUAAAAUUGUGGAGGAUGCUCGCACUGCGUAUGCCAAGCAGAGACUUAAAGCAAAUCCAAAAUUCAUGGCAAGGUUACAUGCAAAGACUGCUAAGAUGAGAGAAUCUACUACCCCCUUGCCUGCAUGAUACGUCUACAGAUGAUGUACCCUGGAAAUAUCUAAAAACUCAAGCUGAAAAAAUGACACCAAGUAAUGCAUCUUCCGGGUUUGAAUUUGAGAAUGAUUUGGUUUUUGUUUAUCAAGAGAACUCUGGUGUUCACCCUGGAAAUUCCAAGACUGAUUACUUGGCAUGGAUUAAAGUGGAGAAAAAAAAAUAAUAAAAAUAAUUAGUGUAGCUGGAAAACAUUGCUAUUUUGCUUUACUUCGUUUUUGGCUCUGUAGUUUUGGCAAUUGUUUUUGUCAGGUCAGGUUAGUUAAUGAAAUGUUGAGAUGUGAUGCUGAAUACUGUCAGCAAUCAAGUAUAUUACCAUUGACAUCUCAUAGGUGGUUUUUAUUUUCAAUUCUUAGGGUGUUUUUGAUUCAUGGGUUAGACACAAGGAAUCAAAAUGAAAGUCAUACGGAUUGUUUGGUUCACAA